UUUUUUUUAUUCUAUGCUUAUUACUGUCAAUAGUUAUCAACCUCAUCAUGAUACAGUAAGGUUUGUCUGUAUAUCUGACACCCAUGGCAAAGUUCAUUUUGACAUACCAGACGGAGAUGUAUUAAUUCAUGCGGGUGAUAUGACAAAAAGAAGCCAUAUAGACGAGUUUCAUCAGACAAUAGAAUGGCUUGGUUCUUUGCCCCACAAAGUGAAGAUUGUGACAGGUGGCAAUCAUGAUAUUUUGCUUGAUACUACCUUUGGCUAUACCGAGAAAAGACAAGCAAUCCUUGAUUUCAUGAAGAAACACAACAUUGUCUAUCUAGAGCAUGAAGCCUAUCAACUUGACUCUUCUUUGGGCUCAUUUCGCUUGUUUGUUUCACCUUAUGCUCCAAUGCAUUUAGGUGGUGCUUUUAUGCUGGAUGAUAUGUCGCAUGUAUGGAACAAUGUACCUCCUGUUGAUGUGCUUGUGACACACACACCACCUUAUGGCUAUGGAGAUAAAAUUAUGCGUGGUGGUAGACAUGUUGGUUGUCAAUUCCUAAGAGACAAAAUUGAUCGUAUUCAACCUCAAGUAUGUGUAUUUGGACAUAUUCAUGAAGCACACGGAUACACACGAAAUGAACAAGGUCAACUGUUUAUCAAUGCUUGUUUAUGUGAUCACCGAUACAGAGGAAAUCAGUUACCUAUCACAUUUGACUUGCCCAUAUAAGUUACACAACCCAUUCAUGCAACUCAUAAUAAUAAUAAAAUUCGUUGUGUAUGUAUGUGUAUAUAUAUAUAUAUAUAUAUAACAACCUGAAUACAAUAGAAAACAAAAUAAAAGCGUCCUUAAAGAAAGAAAA